GCACGGCAAUGAUGACGUGCCGCCGCUGUCACACAGCUCCAGUCCGACGAUUAGGGAAGAAGCAAAAACUCGUUUCGACGGAGCGGAAAAUACCACGGUCACUGUGAUACUAUAAUGGAUGCCAUCUGCUGGUUCUGCUGAUCUGUUACUUUUCUCAAAGUCAAGAGGGCCAUGAGCCCAGCCAGGUGUAAUCUUCAGCAUGAGCCUCCGAACGAUAGGGGGUGCUGUCCUCAGCUCCCUGGGCCCUAGUCUGGCAGCUCAGGCCGGAGGAGCUUGGAGCUCUGUGUCUUUUAGACCCAUACCUUGCAUGCUUCAGACCAUGGUUCCUUCUGGUUACACUGCUCUACAGGAGGAACGGCUGGCCAUGGUGGAUCUUGGUACACCCAAGCCAGAGUCCCAUAAGAAUGGCUUCCACCGAGAGUCCCGGAGACAUUCAGACCGUGGUAGCAGGACCUCCAUCAGCCUGUCUGAGGCUGGAGAUGGACGAUAUGCAGAGACUGAACCCAUGCUGCCUGAAAGCAGGCUUUCAGGAGAAGAAGCCGAUGAGGAGGAGAGUGAGGAGGAAGGGCAGCAGUUGACAAAUGUAAACAUGCCCAAAGAGUCACCCCUGGCCAUGGCACUGCAGAUAGUGGUGCCAUUCCUUCUUGCAGGGUUCGGGACAGUGUCAGCCGGGGUGGUGCUGGAUAUAGUACAGCACUGGGAAGCAUUUAAGAAUGUUACGGAAAUCUUCAUCCUUGUUCCAGCUCUUUUGGGUUUGAAAGGAAACCUGGAGAUGACUCUGGCUUCCAGACUUUCCACAGCGGUGAAUGUGGGCAAAAUGGACUCCCCCAUAGAGAAGUGGAAUCUCAUUAUUGGGAAUUUGGCACUGAAACAGGUUCAGGCCACAGUAAUCGGGUUUCUGGCGGCAGUAGCGGCUGUUGUACUGGGUUGGAUUCCUGAGGGAAAGUUCCAGAUCAGUCAUGCCGUGUUGCUGUGCUCCAGUAGUGUCGCCACAGCCUUCAUAGCAUCUCUGCUGCAGGGUAUAAUAAUGGUGGGUGUGAUUGUGGGCUCUAAGAAGACAGGUAUCAACCCUGAUAAUGUAGCCACGCCCAUCGCUGCCAGUUUUGGUGACCUCAUCACGCUCGCCAUCCUAGCAUGGAUCAGCCAGGGCUUAUACAACUGUAUAGACUCUCACCCAUACGUGUCGUUUCUGGUGUGUGCCUUCUUCAUCAGUCUGACUCCGCUGUGGAUGGUCAUCUCCUCCAAACACCCUGCCAGCCGUCAGCUGCUCUACUCCGGCUGGGAGCCAGUUAUCACUGCUAUGUUCAUCAGCAGUAUUGGAGGACUCAUCCUGGAUAAAACUGUGUCUGAUCCCAACCUGGCUGGGAUUGUGGUUUACACGCCUGUUAUCAACGGUAUUGGAGGAAAUUUGGUGGCCAUCCAGUCCAGCAGGAUAUCCACCUACCUGCACUUUCACAGCACCCCCGGCGAGGUUCCAGAUGAGGCCAAGGGUUGCUACUAUCCCUGCCGCACCUUCUGUGGCUCAGGGGCCAAUCACAGGUCAGCACAGGUCCUGCUGUUACUGGUCAUCCCAGGUCACCUGAUCUUCGUGUACACCAUUGAUCUGAUGGAGAGGGGUCACACCUCGCUGACCGUCGUCUUCAUCCUGGUGUAUCUGGCUGCUGCUCUUUUCCAGGUGUUCUUGUUACUUUGCAUAGCGGAUUGGAUGGUUCACUCCAUGUGGAAAAGCGGGAAAGAUCCAGACAGUUUCUCUAUCCCAUAUCUAACGGCGUUGGGCGACCUGUUGGGCACCGCUCUCCUGGCUCUCAGCUUCCACUUCCUGUGGACCAUCGGGGACCAGGAUAGCGAUGUGGGCGACUAAUGUCAACCUUUGACUCGUAAAUCAACGUUUUCCAUACUCGCUGUCCUCACUUAUUGCCUUGAACGGCAGCUUGUCGAAGCGAAUGGCAUCUGGCGGCAAAGCAUUUCUGUGUCAGUUCAUGACUUUUCUCAAAGUGCCAGAUGAUUUAUAAGCUGCAUUGAGAGAUUCAGCACUUUCAGUAAAGUAUAGACGGCUGCAAAACGCCUCCAUCAUCUCAAACAGGGUGUUUCUUGGGGUGGUACGAAAGUAAUAUUUACCCAUAUAGGUUUAUUUAUCAGCACUAUAGCAGUGGAAGGACCAAAUACAAACUCUUGAGGAACACCUAAGACUUUGUUGGUGAUUACACUUUAUUUAUUUGCCCUUUUUGUCUUUCUUACACAUGUAUCAGUGUUUUUUGGGUUUUUUUUUAUGUCUCUUUUGAGUGGCACGACUUCCUCUUGUCUAUCCAAUCAAAUCAGACCUACCUAUACAAGUAUACACACAGUUUAACUCAACCAGUGCCAGAUCAAUCCAUAUAAACCUCUUUAAUGCAGUUUGAAAGUGUUGCUUAAUAGUGUAGAAUAAUGAACUAAUAUAUAUAUAUAUAUCUGCUUUGGGGAAAGGGAAUGAACUUUCAACUGCUCAUUCAGAGAGAAAACAAUGGUCUGAAAAAUAUAUUAAGUGCGCCUUUUCAGUCUACUGCUGCGUCUUUGUUUAAUGCUUAUGUAUGCCAACAAAUGGGGAGAAUGUACAUCUUGUGUGCAAACUUUUUUAUAAGUUGUUAUCAUGGUGCCAUGCAUUUUUCUAUGGAGAAGGAGAAUGUUUCUACUGGCACCAAUGGAGGAUUCUUGGUGUAUGUUUCUGACUUGCUUUUUUUGAUACUCCGAAUGGUAAAUAAAGGUUUAAUAAAAGCUUAUGUCUAA